AAGCUGGUUCAGAAGACAUCGACAUACUUCCCAACGGACUGGCUUUCAUCAGCUCCGGCUUGAAAUACCCAGGAAUAAAGAGCCUUGCACCAGACAAGCCAGGUGAAAUAUUUUUGAUGGAUUUGAAUGAAGACAAUCCCAGAGCAGUGGAACUGAGAAUCAGCCGAGGGUUUGAUCUGGCGUCGUUUAACCCUCAUGGAAUCAGCACUUAUGUAGACAGAGAUGACACCGUGUACCUCUUUGUUGUGAACCAUCCCCAUCAGAGGAGCACAGUAGAAUUGUUUAAAUUUGUAGAAGAUGACAAUUCUCUUCUACACCUGAAAACUGUUCGACACGACCUUCUGACAAGUGUGAAUGAUAUAGUAGCUAUGGGACCAGAGAGCUUCUAUGCUACCAAUGACCACUACUUCUUUGACUUCAUCUUGAUGUUCUUGGAGAUGUUCUUGGGUUUAACUUGGUCAAAUGUUGUUUACUACAGUCCAAAAGAAGUUAAAGAAGUAGCAGCUGGAUUUUAUUCAGCCAAUGGAAUUAACAUUUCACCUGACAGAAAGUACAUCUAUGUUGCAGAUGUAUUUGAUCAUAAUGUCCAUGUUAUGGAAAAACAUGCUAAUUGGAAUUUAACCCAUGUGAAGACGCUGCAGCUGGACACUCUGGUCGAUAACUUGUCUAUCGACCCUCACACUGGAGACGUCUGGAUAGGAUGUCAUCCCAAUGGGAUGAAGCUGUUCUACAAUGAUCCUGAAAAUCUGCCUGCCUCUGAGGUCCUGCGCGUCCAGAACAUCCUCUCGGAGGAGCCUGUGGUGACGCGCGUCUACGCCGACAACGGCUCUGUGCUGCAGGGAAGCUCGGUGGCAUCCGUCUAUGAGGGAAAGCUGCUCAUCGGCACAGUCUUCCACAGAGCUCUCUACUGUGAGCUAUAGCUCAUCGUGGGUAAGAUCUGCUGCAGUGGAAAGGAUUUAAGUCCUUGGGAACUCACUUAGUUUCUGCUAGAUCUGCUAACAAGAAGACUGUUCCAAUAAAGGUUAACUAGAGUCAUG